UUGCAUGUGCUAGCGUUAGCUUAGCCAACUCCAGUCGUUUUAAUGGACGCGGUUAGCCUGUUUGUUUGACAACCAGUAUGGUUGUCUGAAAUAGAAGCCAAGAGUCCAUAAAUUCAUUCUGUUGGAAGUACAUCGCUACGGAGCCCGGGAGGCUAGCUUCUUGACUGAUGGCGAGCUAAAGGAGCAGGGCUAGAGCCUACAGAGACUGACUAACUAUUGAAGAGUCGCUCUUCUCCUGCCAGGCAGAUAUCCAGCAGCUUCUGAUGAGCCAAGAAGAACUUUCCAGUCUGGAUCAGGAGGACACUGAGCCCCCACUCAUUAAAGAGGAACAGGAGCAGCUGUUGAGCAGUUAGGAGGGAGAGAUGCUUCAAGGGCUGGAGGAGAAUGACACCACCAUGUUCCCCUUCUUUCUUGUGAUUGUGAAACAUCAAGAUACUGAAGAGAAACUUCAGUUUUCAAAGCCUUAUUGAACACAAAGUGAAACAAGGAAAGAAGAGUAAAAUGUUUAAUGGAAAUAUAAACUGACAAACUACAGUACCUUCACAUGGCACAUGACAGAGGAGAGAAACUCUACAGCUACAAUGACUGUAAUCAGACAUUCUCUUAGCAGCGUCAGGCAACAAAACACAUUUGUGUUGGAGGACAGGCUUCAGAGCAUCAUUAAAACCCCAGUGAGAAAAAGAGAGCGCGGGAAACAGGAGCUGACAGAGAAAAGUGUGGAGGAGCAGAGCCAACCAGGAACUCAGAUCCAGAGAGACAUUUACACCCAGAGACUAGGGGCAUGAUUGAGGGCUUCUCUGGAGCUGAAACUGAUGACAAUGAUGGCUUGAGGGAGACCAGAGAUAAACAGUCAGGUUCUAAAACUGAGGGACAAAAGACUGACAAGACAUCACAUGUGUACCCUGAUUGUGGUAAAACAAUUAAAAGAAAACAGGUCUGACUAGGCAUAUAAGAAGCCACACAGGAGAGAAACCCUUUACUUGUUUUGAGUGUGGAAGAAGCUCGAACGAAAAGGGAAAUCUGACCAAACACAUGUUGGUUCACACAGGAGAGAAACCCUUCAGUUGCUCUUAUUGCAGUAAAAGGUUUAAUCAGAAGUCUACUCUGAAAUGUCACAUGGCACGCCACAAAGGGGAAACACCAUUCAGUUCUGUUUGUGAGAAGAGAUUUGUCCUAAAAUCCUUUCUGACAUCACACGUUGAUUCACACAGGAAAGAAACCCUUUUGCUGCUCUUUUUGCAGUAAAAGAUUUAAUAAGAAGGCCAAUCUGAAAAGUCAUAUGGAACAUUACAGAGGAGAGAAACCCUACAGUCACAGUGCUUGUCAACAAAGAUUCUCUUGGCAUUGUCAGUUAAAAAGCCACAAAUGUAAUGGAGGUCAAGCUUCAGAGCUCCAUCAAAACCAAAGUCAGGAGAACAGAGAAUCAAAAAUGGGAGCUAAAGAGGAAAAUGAGGAACUGUGGUGCAGUCAGAAAGGAGAGCAGCUUCAUGGAUGGAAAGAAGCUGAUAACACCAUGUUCCCCCUCAGUUCUGUUUCUAUGAAUAGAGAAGAUGAUGAAAAGAAACAUCAGUUUUCAAAGCUUCAUCAGAGACAAAUCAGACAGAUAACAACAGGAGCUUUUGGAAAGGACUGUAGAGGAGCAGAAGCAGCCAGGAACUCAGAUCCAAAAAGACAUUUAGAUCUCAAAACCGAUGGUGAUGGAGAGACCAAACAGUCUGUUGUAACUGAUGACAGUAUUGAUAGUGAUUUUUGGAAAAAGAGGAGGCAACACCAUUCAGGUUUCACUUAUCAGAGAAAGAAAACAGCCUCAGUAAGUAAUGGAUGUAAUCUUGUUAAGAAUGCAAUUCUCUAUUUUCAUAAUGUUGCUCAAUCUGACCCCAGGAAAAACCAUCAUGUUAACAUUGAUUUAUGCAACAAUCAGAAGCAUCUUCAGUCAGAUCCAAACUUUAUGAAACGAAAGGAAAUGUCUGAAAGCUGUGCAGAGAAUCCCUCCCCUGGCUUGCUGGUGCCUCAUAAAGAAAGCUCUCAGUCCUCACAGCUUUAUCAGAAACAAACUGAACAGAUGGAAACAGGAGCUGGUGGAGAGAACUGUGGAGAAGCAGAACCAGCAAGGAGCUCAGAUCAGACUGAGGACUCUUGUGGACAUGAGACUGACAAUUGUUUUGAACAGAAGGAGACAAGAGAUCAGAUGGGUUUAAACUCUGUGAGAAAUGAUAGAAUCUCACAAAGUGUAGUAACAUUUGACUAUGAAAUGGAUCAAGUUUUCUACUCUGAGUUUGACCAUGUGUUGAACAACCAUUCUCCAAUGAAGAUCCACAGAAACAAUCAAAAAGAAGACAAACUUUUAAAUCCUCAAGCAUCUGAGAACCAUUUCACAAGAAAAGGAAGACUGGACCAGCAUGGGAUAGUCUAUAAAGGGGCACAAAGAGGGGCAAAGCAGGAAGACCCAGAGCCUCCACUUAUUAAGGAAGAACAGGAGGAAGUCAGCAUCAAUCAGUCUGAUUGCACCUUAUUCCCCUUCACUCCUGUCUCUGUUAAGACUGAAGAUGAGGAAGAGAAACCUCAGUCCUCACAGCUUCAUCAAAGUCAAAGUGAGCAGAUUGAAACAGGAGCUGAUGGAGAGGACUUUGGAGGAGCAGAACCAGCCAGGACUGGGGUCAAGACUGAAGACUCUGCUGGAACUGAUGAUAGUGUUGGCAGUGAUUUUUGGACAGAGACCAGAGAACGCCGGCCAAACCUCAAUAAUGAGCAGACUGAGAAGAAAUCAUACAGCUGUACAGAGUGUGGCAAAAUAUUCAAAUGGAAGCAUCAUCUGCUCCGGCACCUGACAAAUCACACAGGAGAGAAACGCUUUAGCUGUACUGAGUGUGGUAAAAUAUUUAAACAGAAGCAUCAUCUGCUCCGGCACCUGAGAAUUCACACAGGAGAGAAACCCUUUACUUGUUUUGAGUGUGGAAGACGCUUUAAUGAAAAAGGAAAUCUGACCAACCACAUGUUGGUUCACACAGGAGAGAAACCCUUUACUUGUUCUGAGUGUGGAAGAAGCUUUAAGGAAAAGGGAUCUCUGACCAAACACAUGUUGGUACACACACAGGAAAAGCCCUUCAGCUGCUCUUAUUGCAGUAAAAGAUUUAAACGUAAGUUUACUUUGAAAUGUCAUAUGGCAUGUCACACAGGGGAAACACCGUUCAGUUGUUCAGUUUGUGAGAAGAGAUUUGGCAUAAAGUCCAGCCUGACCAAACACAUGUUGGUUCACACAGGAGAGAAACCCUUUACUUGUUUUGAGUGUGGAAGAAGCUUUAAGGAAAAAGGAUCUCUGACCAAACACGUGUUGGUACACACACAGGAAAAGCCCUACAGCUGCUCUUAUUGCAGUAAAAGAUUUAAACGUACGUUUACUCUGAAAAGUCAUAUGGCACGCCACAGAGGGGAAACACCAUUCAGUUGUUCUGUUUGUGAGAAGAGAUUUAGCAUAAAGUCCAGCCUGACCAAACACAUGUUGGUUCACACAGGCGAGAAACCCUUUACUUGUUUUGAGUGUGGAAGAAGCUUUAAGGAAAAAGGAUCUCUGACCAAACACAUGUUGGUACACACACAGGAAAAGCCCUUCAGCUGCUCUUAUUGCAGUAAAAGAUUUAAUCGUAGGUUUUCUCUUAAAUAUCAUAUGGCAUGUCACAGAGGAGAACGACCAUUCAGUUGUUCUGUGUGUGAAAAGAGAUUUGUCCUAAAAUCCUGCCUGACAUCACACAUGUUGGUUCACACAGGAGAGAAACCAUUUUGCUGCUCUUUUUGCAGUAAAAGAUUUAAUCAUAAGUCUUCUCAGAAACUUCACCUGGUACGUCACAGAGGAGAGAAACUUUACAGUUGCAGUGUUUGUCAACAAAGAUUCUCUUGGCGUUGUCAGUUAAAAAGCCACAAAUGUAAUGGAGGUCAGGCUUCAGAGCUUCAUCAAAACCAAAGUCAGGAGAACAGAGAAUCAAAAAUGGGAGCUAAUGAGGAAAAUGAGGAACUGUGGCGCAGUCAGAAAGGAGAGCAGCUUCAUGGACGGAAAGAAGCUGAUAACACCAUGUUCCCCCUCAGUUCUGUUUCUGUGAAUAGAGAAGAUGAUGAAAAGAAACAUCAGUUUUCAAAGCUUCAUCAGAGACAAAUCAGACAGAUAACAACAGGAGCUUUUGGAAAGGACUGUAGAGGAGCAGACGCAGCCAGGAACUCAGAUCCAGAAAGACAUUUAGAUCUCAAAACCGAUAGUGAUGGAAAGACCAAACAGUCUGUUGUAACUGAUGACAGUAUUGAAAGUGAUUUUUGGAAAAAGAGGAGGCUACACCAUUCAGGUUUCACUUAUCAGAGAAAGAAAACAGCCUCAGUAAAUAAUGGAUGUAAUCUUGUUAAGAAUGCAAUUCUCUAUUUUCAUAAUGUUGCUCAAUCUGACCCCAGGAAAAACCAUCAUGUUAACAUUGAUUUAUGCAACAAUCAGAAGCAUCUUCAGUCAGAUCCAAACUUUAUGAAACGAAAGGAAAUGUCUGAAAGCUGUGCAGAGAAUCCCUCCCCUGGCUUGCUGGUGCCUCAUAAAGAAAGCUCUCAGCCCUCACAGCUUUAUCAGAAACAAACUGAACAGAUGGAAACAGGAGCUGGUGGAAAGAACUGUGGAGAAGCAGAACCAGCAAGGAGCUCAGAUCAGAUUGAGGACUCUUGUGGACAUGAGACUGACAAUUGUUUUGAACAGAAGGAGACAAGAGAUCAGAUGGGUUUAAACUCUGUGAGAAAUGAUAGAAUCUCACAAAGUGUAGUAACAUUUGACUAUGAAAUGGAUCAAGUUUUCUACUCUGAGUUUGACCAUGUGUUGAACAACCAUUCUCCAAUGAAGAUCCACAGAAACAAUCAAAAAGAAGACAAACUUUUAAAUCCUCAAGCAUCUGAGAACCAUUUCACAAGAAAAGGAAGACUGGACCAGCAUGGGAUAGUCUAUAAAGGGGCACAAAGAGGGGCAAAGCAGGAAGACCCAGAGCCUCCACUUAUUAAGGAAGAACAGGAGGAAGUCAGCAUCAAUCAGUCUGAUUGCACCUUAUUCUCCUUCACUCCUGUCUCUGUUAAGACUGAAGAUGAGGAAGAGAAACCUCAGUCCUCACAGCUUCAUCAAAGUCAAAGUGAGCAGAUUGAAACAGGAGCUGAUGGAGAGGACUUUGGAGGAGCAGAACCAGCCAGGAACUCAGAUCCAGAGAGACAUUUCCAAUCAGAGCCUGGGGUCAAGACUGAAGACUCUGCUGGAACUGAUGAUAGUGUUGGCAGUGAGUUUUGGACAGAGACCAGAGAAUGCCGGCCAAACCUCAAUAAUGAGCAGACUGAGAAGAAAUCAUACAGCUGUACAGAGUGUGGCAAAAUAUUCAUAAGGAAGUAUCAUCUGCUCCGGCACCUGAGAAUUCACACAGGAGAGAAACCCUUUAGCUGUACUGAGUGUGGUAAAAGAUUUAAUGAGCAAAGAAAUCUGACUGAACAUAUGUAUAUUCACAAUGGAGAAAAGCCCUUCAGCUGUUCUCACUGUAGUAAAAGAUUUUGCAAUAAAUCUAAUCUUAACAUGCACAUGGUGAUUCACACAGGAGAGAAACCCUUCAGCUGCCCUGAGUGUGGUAAAAGAUUUAAUGAUAAAGGAAGUCUGACUAAACAUAUGUCACUUCACAGAGGAGAAAAAUCCUUUAGCUGUUCUCAUUGUAGUAAAAGAUUUUACACUAAAUCUAACCUUAACAAACACAUGGUGAUUCACAGAGAAGAGAAACCUUUUGGCUGCUCUGUUUGUAAUAAAAGAUUUAAACUAAAAGGAACUUUGAAAGCACACAUGUCAGUUCACAGAGGAGAGAAACCUUUUAGCUGCUCAGAGUGCAGUAGAAGUUUUAAGAGUAAACAAGGUCUGACAGGACAUAUGUCACUUCACAGAGAAGAGAAACCCUUCAGCUGCUUUGAGUGCAGUAAAGGUUUUAACCAAAAGAGAACUCUGACCAAACACAUGUUGAUUCACAACGAAGAGAAACUCAAAAGAAAAGCAGAAAUAGGGGCUAAUAGAGAGGACUGUGGAGGAAAAGAACCAGCCAGGAACUCAGAUCCAGAGAGACAUUAUCAACCAGAGACUGAGGUUAAGACUGAAGAUCCCUGCUCUUUUUAGACCACGAGACACUGAUCAAAGACCGACUGUUAAUAAACCUUUGCUCCUUUGUUUGAAUUCUCAACCAUGCAGUAUUAAUGUAUCAGUGUGUAUCAGUUUACAUUGUAUUAAAAUCGAU